GUGAUCCUCAUUUUUCUUUAAGAAAUUAACUUCUUGUUACGUCUUAAUUCAUCGCCCGUGUAUCGUGGUGUGUUUGUGAAAAUGGCGCUAUCGUGUGCGAUUUCGAACGAAGUGCCGGAGCACCCAGUGAUAUCUCCAGUUUCUGGAUCCAUUUUUGAAAAGCGCCUCAUUGAAAAGUUUCUGGCAGAAAAUGGAGUAGAUCCAAUCAAUGGCAAAGAGCUCACGGUCGAACAGUUGAUUGACGUUAAGACAACGCCACUGGUUAAACCCAAACCACCAAGUGCCACAUCUAUUCCAGCGAUAUUAAAGAUUCUGCAAGAUGAAUGGGAUGCGGUCAUGUUGCACUCAUUUACAUUAAGACAACAACUGCAAACUGCACGGCAAGAAUUGUCCCAUGCUUUAUAUCAACAUGACGCUGCUUGUAGAGUUAUUGCCAGAUUGACUAAAGAGGUCACUGCAGCUAGGGAAGCUUUGGCAACGCUGAAACCGCAAGCUGGUAUCGUACAAGCUGUUGUCAUUCCACAACCGGCUGUUGCUGUGGAAGCUGGCGGUGCUGCUGCUCAACCAACGGAGCAAGCUGGUAUCACUGAAGAUGUGAUAGAGAAAUUACAAGAAACAGCCACAGUCCUCACUCAAGAAAGAAAAAGACGUGGCCGUCUUGUUCCUGAAGAUCUUAUGCCGCAGGAUAGCAUUCGCGCAUUCCAAACACUUGCUUCUCAUCCUGGCCUUCAUUCAGCAAGUGUUCCUGGUAUACUAGCACUCGACAUUCAUAGUUCAGAUACCAGUAAGAUCUUGACUGGUGGUGCUGACAAAAAUGCAACAGUAUUUAACAAGGAUACAGAGCAAGUAGUUGCUAUUCUUAAAGGCCAUACAAGAAAGGUGACACGUGUAAUUUAUCAUCCCGAUGAAGACAUUGUUAUGACAGCAUCACCAGAUACUACUAUACGUGUUUGGAAUGUUGGGACAAGUCAAACAACGCUUUUACUGAGAGCCCACGAUGCCGCUGUAACCGGUUUGUCAUUACAUCCAACUGGAGAUUAUUUGUUGAGCUCUUCAUUAGAUCAGUACUGGGCAUUCUCUGACAUUCGUGCUGGUAGAUUAUUAACUAGGGUUGCUGGAGAAGCAAAUAUACCUCUGACAACAGCUCAGUUUCAUCCUGACGGUUUAAUUUUUGGUACUGGCACAGCAGAUUCACAGGUCAAGAUUUGGGACUUAAAAGAACAGUCCAAUGUGGCAAACUUCACAGGCCAUAUGGGACCAAUAACGGCGAUUAGCUUCUCAGAGAAUGGUUAUUACCUUGCCACAGCUGCGGAGGAUUCCUGCGUUAAACUGUGGGAUCUGCGGAAGCUGAAAAAUUUCAAGACUCUCCAGUUAGAUGAAUUUUAUGAAGUAAAGGACAUUUGCUUUGACCAAAGUGGUACUUAUCUUGCUGUAGCUGGCACUGAUGUUAGGGUAUAUUUGUGUAAACAAUGGCAAGAAUUGAAGGUGCUGAAUGAUCACACAGCAACUGCAACUGGUGUUCGCUUUGGAAAGCAUGCUCAAUACAUAGCAUCAACCAGUAUGGACCGUACACUAAAGCUGUAUGGCUUACCAUAAUUUUACUCAACUUAAUCCUUUGACGAGAACUGAUCGACUGGUUGAACGACGCUAAAUUGUUGUCAGCAACAAGGUAGCCAUCUGUGCAGAGCCAACUCCACAGUUUUUGCAAAUAUGAAAAUUCGUGUGCACUAAAACAGUGUCUUUUUCUCUGUUCAAUAACAAAACAAUAUAAACUUUCAAUUCAUAACCUG